AUGUCUGGUGACAAGGGUUGCUACGGCGAACCAUUGCCUGAGUCGGAUGCAGAGCGAAGACACUUCCUCGAUAAACAUGAGGAAUUCGUGCCCUUGGCAGUUCAUAACAACCAGCGCAAGUGGUUCCAGCGUGUCAUCAUCAUCCAGUGGAUCGUGAUGGUUAUAUUCUCGCUCAUCCUCAUCACGGUUCCCAUGUCUUUGCGGAACAGGAAGAACUACUGGAUCCCCAAUGAGAUAUACUCCCCGGUACAGGAUCUCAUUCGCUAUAAAACCCGGGUAUUUGACUCCGGCUUCGGUAACCACACGACCAAGUACAUGGGGAGACCAACGAAACAGAACCGCCAGUCGUGGGAGGAUCUAUAUCAAGCCGGUAUCUCGAAGAUCCCAUUGGAACAAGCUGCCAAGCUACCGGUGAAGACGGCUCCCAUUCCCGAAGCCCCGGGAUAUUACGUUGUUGGAAUCGACGUUUUCCACCAGUUACAUUGUUUGAAUCAGCUCCGCCUGAAGGUAUGGGGUGUGGAUGAGCCCCACGGCUCACACGGCGCCAGAGACACUGUUGGCGUAGAAGAGGAGGAGGAGGAGGAGGAGGAUGGACUCCAGGAUAUAGGCCAUUUAGACCACUGCAUUGACUCGCUCCGGCAGAGUCUGAUGUGUUCGUCGGACAUCUCAACCAUCAUCUGGCAAUGGGAUACGAAUACUGGAACUUCUCGACCCCAUGCGAACGUCACCCACACCUGUCGCGACUUCGACGUGAUCCACCAAUGGGCGCUGGAGAAUCAGGCGCCAAAGUGGAAUCAGUCAAUCUAUGUGCCAGAUCCAUUACAGGAGUAG